UUGUGACACCGCGCUGUCAAAAGCAGGAAGUUAAGAAUGUGAAGUAUAAUGCGGCAUCUCCUCAUAUCAUUGAUUUCAUUUCUUCAUUUUAAAUUAUCAUUUACGCUCUCUACAACCACAGGCUGCUGGACGAGUUGUGUUUCUGCUCUGUAAGGCACACGGCAUGCUAACCAAACUGCCUUUAAAGCGAAGUAAUCCAGAAACAAGUUCUACUAAUGCUGAUGAUUAGUCCCAGAAUGGCCUCAGGAAUGCAAGACAAACAGUUCACACCGUCUCUGCUCAAUUUUUUCAUUUAUAACCCUUCAUUUGGACCCCGGGAAGGAGAGGAAGAGAAGAAGAUUUUAUUUUACCACCCUAGUGAUGUAGAGAAGAACGAGAAGAUCCGAAAUGUUGGCCUUUGUGAAGCCAUUGUACAGUUCACCAGGACAUUCUGCCCAACAAAACCAGCGAAAUCUCUGCACACACAGAAGAACCGGCAGUUCUUCUUCGAGCCCGAGGACAGCUUCUGGAUAGUCAUGGUGGUUCGAAACCCGAUGAUUGAGAAACCAAACAAAGACGGCAAACCUCCGACAAUAGAAUAUCAGGAAGAGGAAAUACUUGACACAGUUUAUGGUGCGGUGGUUAGACAAUGCUACAGCAUGUACAAGCUCUUCAACGGCACAUUUGGCAGAGCGAUGGAAGUUGGCGGAGUUGAGCUGCUCAUUCAGAAACUUGAGAAGUUCUUCUACAGGUAUCUGCAGACUCUGCACUUGCAGUCCUGCGACUUGCUGGAUGUGUUUGGAGGAAUCAGCUUCUUCCCACUGGACAAGAUGACCUACCUGAAGAUCCAGUCCUUCGUCAACAGAGUGGAGGAGAGCCUCAGUUUGAUCAAAUACACAGCCUUUCUCUACAAUGACCAGCUCAUCUGGAGCGGACUGGAACAAGAUGACAUGAGGAUCCUGUACAAGUACCUGACCACUUCAUUGUUUCCCAGACACUCUGAACCAGAGUUGGCUGGCAGAGACUCUCCUCUAAGGCCAGAGGUCGCAGGGAAUCUGUUGCACUAUGGGAGGUUUUUAACAGGACCGACCAAUCUCAAAGAUCCAGAAGCCAAGUUCCGAUUUCCAAAAAUCUUCGUGAGCACAGAGGACGGCUACGAGGAGCUGCAUCUGAUUGUUUAUAAGGCAAUGAGUGCAGCAGCCUGUUUUAUGGUCGAUGCCUCUGUGGAGCUGACGAGGGACUUCUGUGAGCAGUUAGACGGCUUGGUGGGCCCUCAGCUUACUCUGCUGGCAUCUGACAUAUGUGAACAGUUCACCAUUAACCGCAGGAUAUCAGGGCCGGAAAAGGAGCCCCAGUUUAAGUUCAUCUACUUCAACCACAUGAACCUGGCGGAGAAGAGCACCAUCCACAUGAGGAAGACCGCCAGCGUCUGCCUCACCUCCGUCCAUCCCGACCUCAUGAAGAUCCUGGGAGACAUCAACUGCGACUUUGCCAGGGUGGAUGAAGAUGAAGAAAUCAUCGUUAAAGCUAUGACAGACUACUGGGUAGUCGGUAAGAAGUCAGACCAGAGAGAACUAUAUGUGAUCUUGAAUCAGAAAAACGCAAAUCUGAUUGAAGUUAACGAGGAGGUUAAGAGGCUUUGUGCGACGCAGUUCAACAACAUCUUCUUCUUGGACUGAUGCAACAGACACACAGACUGUUUCGGCACACUAAAAACUGUCAUUGUUGCAGGGUACAAUGACAGCAUCAGUGUAAUGCAAUAAUUGCAUUGUAAUAUAAGAAAAAAAAAGAAGCUUUCUCACCAAGUUUUUUUUAAUUUAACCUAUAAGAAUUGUAAUUUUCUCUUGUAAUUAAGUGUAAAUCCAGAUUUUUACUGUACAUGUACUUUAUUUUCUGUCAUUUUUCUUUGUACAUAUUUGUAGAAUUUUGUUUACUCUUGCAUUCGAUUUCUUUCAGCAGUUUGUUCAUGCAUUUUUUUUUAAUGAACACAUCAUGACAAUGUCUGAAGUUAAUUUAAACAACACGCACAGAACAGUAACUCCAGGUUCAUUGAUGAUCAGAGAUAGUUUUCAAAUAAGAUGUCAUCAUUUCAAAAGUAUUGUAGUUUAUUAAGGACUGCACUUACUUUAAAUAAAUUAAGAAGUAAUUUGACCAAGUGUAAGACAUGUCUUUUUUUUGUGUUAAAGAUCCACAUCGAGUAAAAGCUAAGGACAACCUGCAAAUAGUUUUAGAUGUAGUACUAGUACUAGCCAUUAUUUUCAUCUGACAUCUGACUCCUUUUCCCAAACAAAAUCAUGGCAUUCUAGUAGAUCAAGUUCUAGACAUACACUGUGUAAGAUUGUUACAAGGUGGGGAUUUGUUGUGAUCAUUCUGCUGCUAAAGUAGGAAAAGAUUCAAAGAUGUAAUUUGAGGGCUAACUUAGAUAUUCUAGUUUAAUGUUUGAAGUUUUGAAAUGAUAGAUGAUUUUUAACAUAUUCAGUAACAGAGAAAAAUACUGUAAAGAACUAUGAAAUAUAUAUAUAAUUGGCAUCCAAACAUUUUAUCCAAUUUGUCAAUAUGCCCUCUUGCUUUGCCAGGACUGUAAAUCACAGAUUGUACAACAAAUAAAACUGAUAAAAUCAA